UUUAUAUUGGCUCCAACGAACUCCAUGACUACCUAAAAAACCCUAAUUCUGUCUCUCUCCUUUCCGCACCUUCAAUACACAGGAAAUACGAACAUCAGCACCACCCCAGAGCAACAAUGGCUACUUACGAUCUAACUCCGAGAAUUGCACCGAAUCUGGACAGGCACCUGGUAUUCCCUCUCUUGGAGUUUCUCCAAGAACGACAGCUAUACCCAGAGGAUCAGAUCUUCAAGUCCAAAAUCGAGCUCUUGAGCAAAACUAACAUGGUCGAUUACGCCAUGGAUAUCCACAAGAGCCUCUACCACACUGAAGACGUCCCUCAAGAUAUGAUUGAGAGGAGAGCGGAAGUGGUAGCGAGAUUGAAGGCCCUAGAGGAGGGGGCGGCCCCUCUUGUGGCGUUUUUGCAGAAUGCGAACGCUGUGCAGGAGUUGCGAGCGGACAAACAGUACAAUCUUCAGAUGCUUAAUGACCGCUUCCAGAUUGGUCCAAAGCAGAUUGAGGCACUAUAUCAGUAUGCCAAAUUUCAGUUUGAAUGUGGAAACUACUCUGGUGCAGCUGACUACCUGUAUCAGUACAGGGCCUUGUGCACUAACAGUGAAAGGAGUCUGAGUGCACUGUGGGGGAAGUUGGCAGCUGAGAUAUUGAUGCAAAACUGGGAUAUUGCUCUUGAAGAACUUAAUAGGUUGAAAGAAAUAAUUGAUUCAAAGAGUUUCUCGUCACCAUUGAAUCAGAUGCAAAGUCGAAUAUGGUUGAUGCAUUGGAGUCUUUUCAUCUUUUUCAAUCAUGACAAUGGAAGAACACAGAUUAUUGAUUUGUUUAAUCAGGACAAGUAUCUCAAUGCCAUUCAAACCAAUGCUCCCCAUCUUUUGAGGUACCUAUCGACUGCAUUCAUUGUCAACAAAAGGAGACGACCACAAUUCAAAGACUUUAUAAAAGUGCUUCAGCAAGAGCAGCAAUCAUAUAAAGAUCCCAUCACAGAGUUUUUAGCAUGUGUGUACGUUAAUUAUGAUUUUGAUGGGGCACAAAAGAAGAUGAGAGAGUGUGAGGAGGUGAUUUUAAAUGAUCCAUUCCUUGGAAAACGAGUUGAAGACAGCAACUUUUCUACUGUGCCUAUGAGAGAUGAGUUCCUUGAAAAUGCUCGCCUAUUUAUCUUUGAGACUUAUUGCCGUAUACAUCAACGUAUUAACAUGGGAGUCCUUGCUGAGAAAUUGAACCUGAAUUAUGAGGAGGCUGAGAGAUGGAUUGCAAAUCUUAUUAGAAACUCAAAGCUUGAUGCUAAGAUUGAUUCGCAAUCAGGAACUGUUAUCAUGGAGCCUAAUCAGCCCAAUGUGUAUGAACAGUUGAUAGAUCACACCAAGGCAAUAUCGGGGCGUACUUACAAGUUAGUCGGUCAACUUUUAGAACAUGCACAGGCACAAGCUGCGCGAUGAAGUUAUUCCUAAAGUUUGCAGGAUUUGUUGUUGUUAUUUUUUGUUAUUUGGAAUCUGUUUGCUGCCGCAGAUAAUUGUAGUGAUAAUCCUUUUUGGUGGGUUAAUCUAGUAGAGCAGAGGUUGAGAAAUUAUUGAUUAUGAGAAACAUGGUUUAUUUUUAAAUUCAAAAGCAUCUUUUUUAGCA